CUGCACCUUUUCUGGCGUGAAUGGCGCCAAUACAAAGCCCGCUCUGAUAUCUGCUACGAGCGUUGGCGCGUCCCGUCCUGGUAUCGGCGCCAUGAGCCGAGCAUCCGCAGUCCAUCUGCAGCUCUCGGGAUCCGACUGACACUGGCGCCAGUCUAGUGAUCGUGAAACCGACGAACGAUACCCAUGGGUUCCCACAAGUGUUCGCGACGACCGCCCAAGCGCGCAGUAGCGCCCGCUCGGUAACGCUCGAAGCGGUAGACGCCACAAGUUGUUUUAGUCAGCGAGCAACGUGACGUCGCCCCGAGAUGCGAUAUCUAAUCGCUGAAUCGCUUCUUACCAGAGUCCAUCAUCUUCAGCUGUCAUCUCUCUCGAACUUCCCGUUUAUUUGACCAGCAUGUUCAGCCAAGACCUUCCCCCCUUCCGCCCGCGCACGCCUCAGUUCGUCCAGCCCCCGCAUCCGGAAUGGAAGUACGGGACGCCGGUGUCUGCGACUGAAGAAGGCAAGAGAUGGUUGGAGGGCAUUGACGAACCCGAUGCGUUCAAGGAGAUCGACCCGGCGACAACUGCACCUAGGGACUUGUACAACGUCAUGAAGAGCGGCGUCGUACCGCGUCCCAUCGCCUUCGUCUCGACCACUUCGUCCGAUGGUGUUGACAAUUUGGCGCCUUUCAGCUUCUUCAACGUGGCCACCGGCGCGGUCGCCUUCUCUAUCUCCGAGGGGGAGCGCACGAAGGAUACGCUCGCGAACAUCAAGUUCGAGCGCGGGUUCGUCGUCAACUUGAUCAGUGAACCGUGGCUCGUGAAUGCGCAUGCGGCGGCGAUCCCGGCGCCGCCGGGUGUGAGCGAGUGGGGCUUCUCGGGGCUGACGAAGAUGCCUAGUAAAGUCGUGAAAGCUCCGCGAGUCAAGGAGAGCGCGUUUGCCAUGGAGUGCGAGUUUCUACAUCAAUACGAAGUCCACGACCCGCGGACUGGUAAACUCUUCUACACGCACGUACUUGGCGAAGUCAAAUACAUCCACGUCCGCCGCGCCGUCCUCAACGAGAAAGGUGCCGUCGACGUGCAGAAGUACAAGCCCGUUGCGCGCAUGGGCGAUAUCUCGUACGGCACCAUCGGCGACGUAUACCGCAUGCCGGCGCCGUCGUGGGAGGAGGUGGAGCCGCUUCUGCCGGAUGAGUUGAAGAAGGAUCGGCGGUCGUAAGGUAUCAAGGAUGUAGCUGAGUUCCCCAUCGUAGAGUUGCUAUAGAGGUUCAAAUGUGUAUGGUUCGUAUCGCGCAAUCCCAUAGUCUUAGACCCCAGGCACGCAGAGGAUUG